AAGCAGAAGAAGCCCCGCCCACUCGCUUCCUCCUGCUGCGGCUGUCGUCACUGAUCUCCGUCCGCCAUCUUAAUCAACGCGGUACUUUAUUCGUCUUGGAGUCUUUGACCUGCUAAAAACACCGUAAUAUAAUCUGUUACAUAGUACGCAGAUCAAACUACAUAUAUUCCAGAAUGCAGGCCGAAGAGCAAGGUGACUUCAGCACCGACGAGUUUCCAGAAGGCUCCAAAAUAAACGCCAGUAAAAACCUGCAGGACGACGGGAAAAUGUUCAUCGGUGGACUCAGUUGGGACACCAGCAAGACAGACCUUACUGACUACCUGUCCAAGUUCGGAGAGGUCCUUGACUGCACCAUCAAAACAGACCCCAUGACGGGCCGCUCCAGGGGCUUCGGCUUCGUGCUCUUCAGAGACGCUGAGAGCGUCGAUAGGGUGCUAGAGCUGAAGGAGCACAAGCUGGAUGGGAAACUGAUCGAUCCCAAGAGAGCCAAAGCCAUGAAGGGCAAGGAGCCGCCCAAGAAGGUGUUCGUCGGCGGUCUGAGUCCAGACACGUCUGAGGAGCAGAUCCGGGAGUACUUUGGAGCUUAUGGGGAAAUUGAAAGCAUUGAGCUGCCCAUGGACACCAAAACAAACGAAAGGCGGGGAUUCUGCUUCGUGACGUACGUUUCAGAGGAUCCCGUUCAUCAGCUGCUGGAGAACAGAUACCAUCAACUUGGUUCAGGCAAGUGUGAAGUCAAAGUUGCCCAACCUAAAGAAGUUUACAGACAGCAGCAGGGCAGAGCGGACCGAGGCUUUGGAGGAGGACGAGGAGGCUUCAGGGGCCGUGGAAGAGGACAGGGCCAGGGCUAUAAUCAAGGAUACAACAGCUACUAUGGCCAGAACUAUGGAGGCUACGGCGACGGAUACAACCAGGGCUAUAACGGCUAUUCUGGCUAUGACUAUUCGGGAUACAACUAUCCGAAUUAUGGCUAUGGACAAGGCUAUGAUGAUUACAGUGAAGGUCAACAGAGCAGUUAUGGCAAGGCCUCACGGGAAAGCGGAACCCAUCAGAACAGCUACCAGCCGUAUUGACAAAGUGGCUAAACACGUUCAUGUUCAUGGUAAGGUCACAUCUUUGCUGCGUUCUGGACCCGAGCUCAAUGUUAAAGAUCAAUAGACACUAUAUGACUACGCAUAUCAAAGCACCAGAGUUGAACACAUGUCUAUAGAUCUUUAAUCACUCUCGUUUGUGUAGCCAUUUUGCCUUUUUAGCGUGCCAGAAAAACGUAAGCGUUUUCCUUUUCCUCCUCCUACUUUAACAGGUGAUCAUAAUGGAAUAACUUAGAGACUUGAUAGCAAUGCUAACAGGUAAAGUACAGCUAAGGGGUACAGAGUAAGGGCGCCUCUCCUGAUUUCUCCUUUCUUUCCCUAAUUCUGAUUAUUGUACCUUGUUUGUACCUGCCAGCGGGGACUUCAUUGCAGGCCGUGUGUCACCUGACCGCGACAUUCUCUGGGCGUCGCACAUAGCGGGCAGAGAGCACGGCAUGCACGAGAAAGCGCUGUCCUGUGGUAUGGUCUCUUCAAACUUCCUGUACCAGCGUAAAACAAACAAAAAGACAAAAGGAGAUUCCCCCAUUUUCCUUAAGUUGUUGGUUUUUGUUAACAGUUCCAAAUGUGUUUUUUGCAGGACUUUGUUAACGUAACCUAAAAGUGAUUCAUAACCGCUUUGCUGUUGUAUUCUCUUUUUCAAUUGUAGUGCUCUCCAGUUGUGGAGCGUCAGUGAUUUAUUAUUUUUAUUUCUUUGGUUUCAGUCACACCUCCCUUGUAUAAAUAAUUGCAUAAACUCUCUCAUAAUGCUUGCUUUUUCUUUAGAGGCCAUAGAGAACUUCAAAUGGGUUCACCUCAAGGCUUUUCCUAAAGCGUAGCCUUUAAAGAUCAUAUGUAAAGUGGGUUUACCAAGCCAUUGAAAGCUGACAAAUCUGUGUUAGACUGAUGAAACCAACUCUCCUAUUGGCUAAAUGCAAAUUACAAUCUUCAGUUUAAAGGGGAAGACGUUUGGCUCGCUCCUCCAUUGGUCUGAAGCUUUUGCUGGCUUACCAGCUGUUUUGUCAAUCCAUAUGAUCUUUAAUCUUUAAUGAUGGUUUUCCUAGUUUAAAAUCGACAGCUCAAGAAGUUAAACACUGAAACAUGGACGUGCUGUUAUUUAUUUUUUUUAAAACAUGUCCAAAUCAGAGUGGUUCAUCUUGCGUAUCUUCUCUUGUAGGUGGGCAGGCUGACUUCGACAUUGCUCCUCGGAGGCAGCUUGUGGAUUCCUGUCCUUAAACAACUACUAAAAAACGUUAUUCAGUGUCUAAACCUUGUAAAUAGCGAGGCGUUUUGUUUCCAAGUUUGUCUUAUUCCGUGCUUUGUUCAGAUUGAACCUGUAGGUUUUGUGCUGAUGUGUUCUUAAGUCUUGAAUAGAAAAACAAAUGUCCUUUAUUUUGUAUUUUAGUUCUUUUCCUGAAGGUUUUUGGAUAAAGGGAUUAAAAAUUGGGGGAAAAA